AUGGACGCAAAUAGCACGGCAAGAAUGAUGGCAAUCGGCGCGCUCGUUGAUUGGGAGACAGCUACCACAGACAUCAAGUACCAACCGUUUGAUGGUCACUGUGCUGCGGGCAUCUCAUGCCUUGAACCUUGUUACACACAGGCACUUUGGACGCUAUUCCUCAUCAACAGCAUGCCCCAUACCGUUGACAUCAAGCCGUACUCGUCUCGGCCGGUCGGAUUCGUCGAGUAUUCCUCAGAGCAGGUCUCUUCAGUGCUGGACGCUAAAUACUUACAACACUUCACACUUAAACCAACAAAGUCAAUCAACAUGAUCACCUCUACCUUCGUCUUUCUUGGCCUCGUGGCGAGCACCGUCCUGGCGCACCCGGUUCAAAGGGAUCUCGGGGACUUCGACGACUUGGUUGUACGAGACGCAGGGGCCGACACUAGUGUAUACGACAUCAUCAAGACUCGCGACUUGGGCGAUCUUACCACUCGCGACGUUGGUGCAGAUACCAGUGUCUACGACCUGGUGCACGCUCGGGAAUAUCUCGACGAACGGGAUGAGAAUGACUUCGAGGAGAGAGACUACGACGAGCUCGAAGGGAGGGAUUACGAAGAAUUUGAAGACAGGGAUUACGAGGACUUCGAGGAACGGGACUACGACGAUCUAGAGGACCGAGAUAUCGAUGACUUCCUCCACUACGCUCGAUUGGUGGCGCGCAAGGGAGGUCGUGGUGGAGGUGGAGGUAGCCGCAGUGCCCCCAAGCCAGCCCCUCCUCCUAAGGCUCCCGCUCCUCCUCCUAAGGCUCCCACUCCUCCUCCUAAGGCUCCUCCUAAGCCCGCCGCGCCUCCAAAGGCUCCCCAAAAGCCCGCCGCACCGCCCAAGCAACCGCCCAAGCCUGCCUCCCCUCCUAAGACCCCUCCAAAACCCGCCUCUCCUCCCAAGACUCCACCUAAACCUGCCUCCCCUCCCAAGAAUCCUCCCAAGCCUGCCGCCCCGCCAAAGCAGCCGCCAAAGCCUGCCUCUCCUCCCAAGACACCACCCAAGGCCCCCGCUCCGCCCAAGCAGCCGCCCAAGCCCGCCGCUCCGCCAAAGAAUCCUCCGAAGCAAAAAAACCCUCCCGCCCGCCAGCCUAUUGAUCCCACCACUGUAUUUCAAACUAUUCCCCAGUAUGUGGAUCCCUUUGUGCAGAUUUGGAUGCAGCAACAACAGCAACAAACUCAGCAGGAGCAGAUGGAGGAAUGGAUAAUUUUCACCCAGGAUGCCGCCAACGGAACCAUGGCAAAUGAUUGGCUAAUUCUUCCCGUCGAAUCUGGCGCGCUUGUAGAACGGGUUCUCGGUGAUGCGACCGCGGAAGCGUAG